AUGGCAUCCAUUUCUAGUUCCUUUCACGGACUCAACCGUGGCAACCAAAUAGGGGCCAACUAUGGGCCCAUCUAUCCGCCAAUAGAACGAAUAGAGACUCCUCCACCUCCACUCUCGACCUGUCCAUUUCGUCGUGACCCGGAUUUUGUCGACCGUGGGACGCUGCUCGGGGAGAUAUACGAGCGGGGAUGCGCCCCGGCGGCUCGGAUCGCUCUGGUGGGCCUUGGGGGUGUCGGAAAAUCCCAACUCGCAAUAGAAUGCUGUUAUCAAAUUGAAGAUCGAUCUCCCCAGACAUGGGUGUUCUGGAUCCAUGCAGCCAAUGCUGAGCGCUUCGAGAAGAGUUGUCGCGAUAUUGCCAAUCGAAUCAAGAUUCCCGGGCGGAACGACCCUACGGCGAAGGUAUCUCAACUUCUUCACAACUGGCUUGCCGACAAGCGAAAUGGAAAAUGGGUAAUCAUUCUUGAUAACUUGGAUGAUAGUCGGUUCCUCCACAAAAUUCCAGCAGGGCAAAGCACACAAGAUAGCGGAGAUACAGCACUCAGAAGAUCACUCCUGGAGUAUCUGCCUAUAAGCCAGAAUGGAUCUAUCAUUAUCACUUCACGCAGCAGGGAGGCAGUUGGUGGCAUCGUGGAGCCUAGCGACAUGAUCAUGAUUGGACCGAUGGAUGCAAAAGAGGCGACGAACCUUUUUGGAAAGAAACUAGGAGUACAAGUCACGGAGGACGUCGGCCGGCUUGCUAAUGAACUUGAUUAUAUGCCACUUGCAAUAGCACAGGCUGCGGCCCUUAUCAAACACAGGGAACCACGUCUCUCGGUGUCGCAAUAUCUCGAACAAUUCCAAAUGAACGACUGGCAGAAGAUACGGUUCUUGACUCACGACCAGAAGCAGCUCCGUCGCGACAAAGAGGCAAAGAAUACUAUUCUCGUUACUUGGCAGAUUUCCUUUGAUCAUAUCCAGCAAACUCACCCCGCAGCAGCGGAUCUUCUCUCAUUCAUGUGUUUCUUUGACCGACAAGGGAUCCCGGAAUCAUUGCUUCGAUGGCAAAGAGUCUAUGACGGCGACGAGAUCAGUCAAAGAUCAGAAGAAGACCCUGGUGUCUAUGAAAAGUGCGAGAGUACGACACAAUCUGGCGAUGAUCAUGGGCAAGUCUCACCAACAAGCGAAGCUUACGCCAGUGAGGUGGACUUUGAUACUUCAUCGGAGCAUGCUCUUCUCUGUGAAUUCGAGGAAAGCAUAUCUACAUUGAGAGACUAUUCUCUAAUAUCUACCGACGUAGAUGGAACAACCUUUGAGAUGCAUCGGCUUGUUCAACUUGCCAUGCGCCAGUGGCUCGAUGCACACGGACAGACUGAAUGGUGGAAACAGUGCUUCAUCGACACUCUUUAUUUCGAGUUCCCAUACGUGACCUUCGAGAAUUGGUCUGUUUGUAGAUCACUCAUUCCCCACGUAUUGUCUUCGCUCGCGCAGCCACCAACUGAGCAACGGGCAUUGGAGAAAUGGGCUCAGGUGAUACACCAAGCCGCUAUCUUUGCCCUCGAAAACGGCGAUUAUGCCGGAUGUGAAGAUCUCGCAAGACUAGCUUCGAGAACACGAAGCGGAUUGUUUGGUGCAAAUAACGAAAGAACGCUAGACAGUCUUGGGGUGCUUGGAACGGCGUUAUCACGACAAGGUCGAUGCCAAGAAGCUGAAAAUAUCUCACUUCGAUCGCUUGACAUCCGAAAACAGAAACUCGGGAUAGAACACCCUGCAACGAUGCUCAAUAUGAAUAACCUGUCAUCGUUUUAUUAUGACCAAGGUCGAUACAUGGAGGCUGAAAGGGUCGUCCUACGUGUGCUUGAGAUACAAAAGCGGAUACUUGGCCUCGAACACCUCCAUACGAUGAGCAGUAUGGGCAACCUAUCAUCAAUUUACUGGGCCCAAGGUCGAUACAAUGAGGCUGAAGAGAUUGGGAUGCAGGUGCUUGAGACACGCAGGCGGACACUUGGGUCAGAAUACCCUGACACUGCGAUCAGUAUGAGCAACCUAGCCUCAAUUUACCAGAGUCAAGGCCGACAUACGGAAGCCGAGAGAAUUGGCCUGCAAGCGUUUGACAUGUUGAAGCGGAUACGUGGACCCGAGCACCCGCACACAUUGAGCUGCAUGAAUAAUUUAGCAUCAGUCUACCAUGCCCAAGGUCAAGACAACAAGGCCGAAGAGCUUGAGAGCUUCUUGUUGAAGACUCACCAGCGGAUAUUCGGACCAGAACAUCCUGAUACACUGGCUAGUAUGAAAGCAUAUGCGCGUACCCUGAGAUCGCGGGGUCAAUAUGACUCGGCUUUGAUCUUGAUGACUGAAUGUACUCGACUUUCCGCUGGAGUGUUUGGCCCUGAGCAUCCAUUUACUAUUGGUUCGACUAGGACUUUGAAAAGGUGGCAUCAGAAGAACAAGUCACUUUCUUCCGUGAGUACCAAAGCCCCGAUCGGUGGUUCUUCUGAAACGAGGUGUCAGAACGAACCCCAUUUCGUCUUAGCAAAGGCCUCCGAGAAAGCUCCUCGGCCCAGCAAGGAUCCUAAGCGAGCAAUAUUCUAUCGCUUCUUUCGCAAAUAA